GUGAAGUCACAACAUUCAGUUUCAGCCGCUGCAGCCAGUAGGCUAGUGAGUAGUGACGAUUGUACUAGUUACCCGGAAUCAUUUGAAAAAAUGAAUUGAUAGAACAUCUUAAUUUGCAUCAGGCGCCGCUGUUGUGUCUUCUUAAUCUUAUUUAUUCAAUUGGUUUUCUAUACGAAAGAUAAAAGCUGCGACUGCGCCAUGCGUCUUGGUCCUGUUGAAGGCCAUGAAGGCCGUAAAAAUCACAUAAUUUAUUCUCCUCCUCGAGUGACUUCAAACGUUACGAACGUCGUUGUCUUUUUCCCUGGAGAUGUUCAGAACUAUGUGGAGCAAAUGGAUGCAUCAGAAGAUUACCUUAGACCAUGGGACUUGGAUUCUGUAUGUGAGAUGCUUUCAUCACGAAAACCAAACAGCCACAUCAUGGUAGUCAGGCCUAGUAGGAUGGAGCACAUGAUCAACUACUACGAUAACUUUGUGACGCUGAAUAGAUUUGGCGGGCCAGAUUACCUAAAAGGUCGCCAUGCCAUCCCCCAUCUCUUCCACCUGGUCCACAAUACGCUCAAAACCGUCCAAGAGCCACCCUUCAGAUCAUUGAUCACUGGCAGGGAGCUCAUCAGUGAGGACUCUAAUGUCUGUAGCAAUGAUGCAUCGCAAGACAAUGCUGGAAAUGCGAGACAAAUACAUGGAGAUGCGAUUGACAGUAUCUCCUUGGUCGCCUUCAGUAAAGGUUGCAUCGUUCUCAACCAACUUGUCACUGAGCUGUACCUCUUGUCAGAACUUCCAGAAGAGCUACAGACUCUCUACACGAAUUUCCUUAAGAAGGUGAGCGAGAUAGCCUGGCUGGAUGGCGGCCACCAGGGCAGAGAGGGAGCGUGGAUCACCAACCCUAACUUCCUGAAGAAACUUCUUGCUUUCCUGCCUCAACUUUUGGUUACGAUUCACGUCACUCCGUAUCAGAUGCACGACGCCACCCGUCCGUGGAUCGGCAACGAGUGUCGUCGGUUUGAGUCUCUGUGUAGAACAGCUGGAGGUAACGUGAGCUUCACCCUACACGGCGGUGACAUAAAAAACCCCAGCAUCCGCACACAUUUCAUGGCACUCGAUGCCUACGGCAAGUCAGAAUAAUAACUUCAUAAGAAGCUCGCAGGUUAAGGGUGUGAACAAGAGGCAAGCCCUUCAACGGAAAGGAAAAUCCUGUUAGUCGCGCUGUCGUUGGCUCUUGAUGCGUUCAGCAAGCUGACGAAAAUCUUACCAUCGUCAAAAAAGUAAACGAUUGUAAAAAUAAGACAUUCACACGAUCAAUUUUUGUAUUUUGCUCUCAGAAUUUAGUUGGGAUUAGUCUACGUUGGAUUUUCACCCCUGAGUACUGUUUACUGAAGAAGUUUCAUCAUCAGUUGUCAUAGCAUCCCAAGUGGAGAUCGAAACUACAAAUAUGUUGCGAUAAAGAUUAUUUCCAGGUUGUGUAGUGUGAUUUUUUGUGGUGGUGCUGUCCAGUUUCGUUAUCUGUUAUUCAUAUAAUAUAUAUAUUGAUCGUGAUCGUUGGAUUGUUAUCAGCUAAUUUUAGUUGAUAUUCAGUUUGCGACUUGUCAAGGCAGCAGAGGCAAUAGGAAAGAAAGACACUUCUCAUCACUAUCUUUUUAUUAGGAAUUUUUUAAAAUACAGUUUGACUCGAAUUAACAACUUGCAUAAUAUUUGCAUUUUCAAUGUUUUCCUAUAGAAGAAAUGAGCCUUUUUUCGACCAGUGAGGAUACUAAGAGUUUAAAAACGGUUGGAGACCAGGUUGCUGCUCAUUGGAGUAUAUAAAUCCUUUCGAUAAUAAAUAAUUCCUCAUAAUG